GUGGAGACGGAACGGGAGCUGGGCCGGGCGCUGGACAACAAGGUGCUGCUGCUCUACUUCGGCUCCGGGCAGUGCCCGCGGUGCCGGCGGUUCUCCCCGCUCCUCAAGGACUUUUUCCUCCGGCUGACCGACCAGUUUUACGUGGAACGAGCUUCGCAGCUGGUCCUGGUGUACGUGUCCCGCGACGAGACGGAGGAGCAGCAGAGCGCGUUCCUGAGGACCAUGCCGAAACGCUGGCUGGCCGGGCCUUUCGGGGGCGGCCUCAAAAGGGAGCUGGAGCUGCGGUUUGCCGUGGCCGAGGUGCCGGCGGUGGUGGUGCUGAAGCCGAACGGGGAGGUAAUCGUUGGAAACGCCGUGGAAGAGAUCCGGCGCGCGGGCCCCGCUUGCUUCCGAAAUUGGCAGGAGGCUGCCGAGCUGGUAGAUCGGAAUUUUCUCUUGGCAGAGGAUUUUGAGGACUGGAGCAGGAGAAGCAUCACCGACCCCAUCCGCCGCCUCAAGUACAAGCUGGACAAGAAGACGGAGGCGAAGAACGAGGAAAGGAAAGAGGAAGGCGAAGAGUCUGCUUAG